UUGACCUACAACUCGAGGAGAGUUACAGGAGAACUUCAUCCAGGAUGUUUCUUUACAUUUUAAGUUGGAUUUCUAUGAUAUUCCAUGUCAUUUUCUUGACACUUGCUCUAGGUAUGUUCAAGGAAUUUCUGAAGAUCCGUUACCGGCGGAGUCGCCUUUUGCAAGGGUGUUUUUUUUAUUUAUACAUGUGCCUUUUAAUUUUGGCGUAGCUGCUGCUCUUUUCUACUUGGCCGAGCUUGUUGAGGAAUACACAGUCAUAACAGCAAAAGUGAUUAAGUGUACUAUUGCGGUAAGUAUUAUUAAGCUAAAUCAAUCAGUCAACUUUAAAUAAUUCAGGCAUGUCAGCGCGUUUGCAACUGGGGUGCCUAUUUGCACCUGUAAGCGUUAGACAGGUAACUUGCAGAUCGUGUACGUAGGGUUGCCGCUUGCGUUGUGAACGGUUAAUUUUUACUUUUUAAGGCGGAUUGCAUAAACAUGUACUAUCAGUGCUUUGUUGGUACUGUUUAUCUGAAGGCCAUUGUUUCAAGCAAACCCUUUUACUGAAGUAUUGAGCACUGCAAAAACCCUACCUUUACCUACAGCACAUUCCUGUGAAGGGCACAUACCGUGAGACUACAUAGCUUAAGUAGUAAUUACUUAUGCCAAAUGAUGUAGUCCCAUGGCAAUUAAUCUAUAACUGUGCAUCCCUGUAUCUCAAGGCUUUUCCAGGGUAGGGCAGGGCUGUCAUUAAGAGCUGGGGCCUGGGGAUUUCCCGCGGCUACCUUGAACGUGGUCCCCAGCUACUUUCACAGGAAAAUAGAACAAUAAUAAAACCAAAAGAAAUCACCACCCAUUUGAUUCCCUGCCUGCUUGUUGUACAGUGUAUUUGCCCAGCAACUUGAAAUCUUAGUGACAUCCUUUACCAUAAUUAUUAUUAUGGUACCACCCUAUCCCUUGUGAUACAGGAAUGCACAGUGAUGAAUUCCAGCCAUCCUCACCAUUUAUUCCUAAUGCUAAUUUAAAGUCCCUUUUCUUUGAAAUCAUCACAUACAGCUCCUUAAAUUUCUACUUGUAACAAUGGUGUGAUGCGACAGCUAAGGAUAGAUUAUUAUUCAUAGUGAAAUAUACAUCAUGUACUCUGUAGAGGGUGUAUAUUAAGGUAUUUUUUCCACAUAAUAGACCUUUUGUGUUGCAUAAUGUGACCUCCUUUUUUUGCAUUCUAUUAGAAGGCCUGCUGUGAGCAGAAUUCACUUUGUGAUACACUUUAGGCUAAUAAAUACUUGAAGCAGUAAUGGUUCUUUGCUUUGUACACACUUUAACUUAUAACAUAGUGCGCGUGCUUGCCCUAUAUAAGUCCUAUUGAGCCGCUAUGAACAAAAUCUUUAUUUACGCACGCCCGUGCGUAAAUAAGAUGACGUGAGUAUUUUUUUUUACCUGGCUGCAAAGUUGUCGCAGUACACUUUUCCUUGUCUUUAAAAUAUGGAAGAAACCAGCGAAAAACUGCUCAAUUUUUCUAUCGGCAUUGACCUUUUAGGUCCUGAUCCAACAAGCAGCAAAAAUAAAGCCGAAUUAAAAAAAAAAUCGCAAGUUGCGCGUUUUGCAAAUUUGUCGAAGACCAGCUGCUGCAAAUUUUGGCAGAAAGACAUUCACUGGGAACAGAACAGACACCAACUGGUCAUCCAACAUUUAAAGGCAAAAUUUCCGUUUUUAUUGUUGUUUUUAAAUUUGUUAUGCACUUUGUUAUCUCCAGACAAUCCGACUGAAGCAGGAAAAUUUCCCUCGCAAUAUUAAUAACAACACAAAUUACACAAGAAGACGUAAAUUUAUUACUCACAAAAACAACUGCUGCCAGGUCUUCUCAAGAAGCCAUAACGACUUCUCACGAACAUCAAGAAGCUAGAGCUGCACUCGGCUAUCGCCUCGUGCAACUCUUACGCAUCUUUCGUGCUCUCCAAACUUCCCGCGUGCAUCCAUAACUCGAUAUACGCACGCUAAGCAUGAACAAAUUCUUAAUUUGUAUAUGAUACGUUAUGACAAAGUGCAAUGCCAGUCUUAACCAUCAGCAUAUGACACAUUGGUCAUAUACAAUACUCUCUGACAAAAGCUCUUAUUUGCCCUGGAAUUUUUUAUCGCAUAGUUGCUUAUGAAAGCCCAUUCUCGAAAUGGACCAGCUCUGGAGUCAACAACUCUUAGGGAGGUAGUGUUGCUGCGUGGUCAGUGCAUUGGACUCGCAAUCCAGCAGUCCCUGAUUCAAGUCCCACUCUGGCCACUUGCCAGAUUUGUUCUUGGUCGUCCCGAGUUCAAAUCCUCGGCCAUGCUUGUAAAUAGCCAACUGGUUGCCUCCUGCUGGUUAGGGUUUUUUAUCCUGUUAUGUUGUACAUGUAUUUGAAUGGAGUGCCCGUAAAGUAGCUGGAUAAGCUAAGUGCACUUUCCGCUAUAAACAAGCCCUUAAACCUUUUUUUAAAACUCUUUUGAAUUUCUAAGCUGGUCUCUUACAAGAUCUUCAACUGUAUAUUUGAAAUAAUUCCUAUUUUGUUUUGACUUUUUGAACAGGCAACAACAGUAGUGUACCUAGGGCUUCUUGUGCUGGAAUCAUUUCCUUUCAGUAUAAUUAUUGCUGGGAUCCUUACAAAUGGACUUUACUUUCUACUACUUAAGGAUUUUCCUUUUAUCCAGCUGACUUCACCUGUAUUUAUUGGAAGUGUGGGUAUGCAAUGAAAGAAAAAAAAAAACAUUUAUGCUGUAGUUAAUUAUUUAUCUCGGGUAAUUUUUAUUUUUCUUUUGUUUCAACUUCAUUAGCAUACAUUACCAUACCCAAAAACAAAAGAAAAACAAAAAUUAUAUGACAUAAAAAAAUUAACUGCAGCAUAAAUUAAUGUUUUUUUUUUCUUUUUUUUUUCUAAUUAGUUCAUUUUUCGAUUGUAUUGUUGUAUGAUAAAAUACAUUGAGUUUAAAAUCUAGGAACAUCUUGAUAUAUUAUGGACACACCAUAAACACAGAGAGCUUCUAAAUACUUGGAAACCUCAGACAUUUGACUGAAAAGACUCCUAUUAUUUUUUGUAUCUUGCUACUGCAGAAUUAUGACAGACACUAUUUUAAGUCUCAGCAAUGUAGUUUUUAUCAGCAUUUCCCUGUACCAUACAUUUAACAACUGCAUCGCUAAAAUGGAGGUUGGGUGCCUGAAGUAUCCAGGGGCUUCCACUAUUGGCAGCCAGCCCCUAGAUUGAAAUAAUGCCCCCAAGACUGGCACAACAGCGUAAGCCAGCCAAGAGCCCCCACACCAAAGGAAAGGAACAGGCACCGUCACACUGAAAAAACAGCAGUGGAGAAAAACCCAACAAGCCUAGUGGGAGGGCGGGAGGGGAAGAAAAUGGGCGACAGAACCCAGCACGAAGGGAAAACUGAACGUGCCAAGGAAUCACAUGAUCGAUGUAGUCAGCCACCGGGCAUGCGCAUGCCAAAGACCGCUGACCUAGGCACCCAGGCGCUCUUAGUUGUUAACAUUCAUGUUACAUGUACCUGAAAAUGCCACUAAACUAACCUUUGUAACUCAACUGUUUUGUCAGGCCAGGCUCCCAAAAGGUCCCGUCCAGUACCAUUAGUCUGGGAAAAGAAGAUUUUCUUGCUGGGCAAGUAACUUUUAACCCUAUAAGCCUUAAGAGUGAUUGGCAUCAAAUUUCUCCUUGUAGUAUUGAUGCUUUGUACAUAAAACAGAGUGAAGAUGAGAAUUACGGACAAGAUCACACAUGAUGAAUUUGCUUGAUAAUUUAUCAACUUCUCCCCACUACCUCUGUAGGAAAUGAAUAAGGGUGACAAAUGAGAAUUCAGAUGUUGAUCUUAAGGUUUAAAGGGUUAAAGCUUACUUGACCAAUGGGCAUGGCUGCAGACAAAUAAUUAUCCUUCAACAAAAUCAUUAAUAUGAGCAUGAAGUGGCCCCUGGCAACCAAAAUGUGAGAGUAAUCUCAUACCCAGAUCUCUUGUUUACAAAGCCGAAGGCAAGAUCUGGGCAAGAAAGAAAAUUCAGUUUUUUUUAUUGGCUAGAUUGUGAGUGAAUGAUGUGAGUGUUGUCUCCUGCAUACGCUAUAGCUUGUGCAAUUCAUUCUUUGCAAAGUCUUCAGUUAUGUUCAAAUAAAUAUUUUCACUUAAGAAGUAGUUUUCUGUCUCAAUAUAACUUGUAACAUGGUUUUUAUCUCAUCUUUAAAGACUAUUUAAAACUCUCUCUUGGUAUCAAAAUUAAGACUUUUGAAAAGGGGAAAAAAAUUCUUGCGUAAAGAAGAUAUGCACUGCUUUGAGCUUUUAGCGUGCACUAUGGUAAUUAAAUUUAAAACUAGUUGAACCAAUUGUAUUGUCACUGUAAAAAAAAACAAAACAAAAAAAACCAAAAAAAAAUGAAUAUGUUGUUCACAAGUCGACCGCUGUAAUAACUUUUGUUCCUGUUAGGUCAAAUUACAGCUGUACACAAAUUGUAUUGCCUCAAAUUUCACCAAAAUUUAUUGUUUCUCUUUAGUAAACAGUUUGCUCUAAUAAUUUGUGUUGACAAUAUUUAUAAUAUUAUUAUAAAUGUUUGUUGUAAUUUCAGCCAUGGUGUUUGUUAAUCAUUACUUGGCAUUUGACUUCUUCUCAUCUGUUUGGUAUCCAUUUUCAGAGGUACAGUUUUUGUUUGUUGCAUUUUUAUGUGUGCUUUUUCUUUUGCAAGCAGAAAUGUUAGUGGACAUACACAAGAGCUUGUAUCCCUACAACUUUCCCCUUCUUUGCACUAAGUGGGAUACACUGAAGAAAAAAAGGGUUUUUGUUGGGGAGCAAAGGUGGUGCCUACCACCAAUGUGGCCCAGGUUUGAACCCCCGCAUCGACACCAUACAUGGGUUGAAUUUGUUGUUGGUUCUCUCCCUUGCGUGAGUUGGAGAGGCUUUUCUCCAGGUAUUCCGGUUUUCCCCUCUUCUUAAAAACCAACACUUCCAAAUGCAAAUUUGAUCUGCAACCCACAGACACCUUUCAAAGAGUUCUUAAGAACUUCCAUAAGUGCUCUGCAGGUAAACAAAUAAUACAAUUUACAAAUUACCUCAUCAUGAUGCUAAAAUAACAAACUGGUUAAAUUUCAUACAACAUGAUGCAGAGACAAUAGUUAUACAUUUUAGGACGAGGUUUUUUCCCUACAAAAUUGACAUAACCUUUCAAAUUAUUAUUUUUGAAAGUUCUGAUUGGCCUAAGAGACCAUUCUGUCACCUGCUGUUAAAUGCAGAUGGAGAGCAAUAAUAAUUAUUAUUAUUCAUCUGCAGUUAUCCUGUCUGAAUGAAUUAGAAACCCAGGAAAGGGGACUUCAGGGAGUUAAAAUCUAAAAAGUUUCCUGGGGGAGCAUGCCUCUCUGGACCCUCCUAGAAACUUGCCCCCAGUCAGUGCUCGAAACUAACUUUUUUAGUCAGUUGUCCUGGGACUAGUGUCUACUAGUCCUGAAGGCAGUUCUACUAGUCCUGUCUACCAUCUAUCAUCUGGCCACAAACAUCUAAUUGACACAUUAAAAACCAUAGUAAAGCAUGACUCACUUUUUUAAUUAUAAUAAUAAACACUAAUGAAAAGUAUAAUCUUUUAUCUUGAGUUUCUUUGGCUAUAGGAAAUUAUUUAUUGCUUCCUUUGCGGAAAGACGAAUUUUCGUUUUUACUGUUUGGAAAAUUUACACAAUACUGGCAAAACAUUUUCCCUUCGGUUUCAUUGUAAACUAUAAACCACACAAAAUCUUUUUCCAAGCUUGUUUGAAGUCUCUAUCCUUCUUUGCCUUUUUCACUCUUUUGGCUGGGAAUCACCUGUAUUAGCGUUUUCUUCAUCUUUCCUUUCUUCAUCUUCCCUGCCCCUUUUGAAAUAGCACAACAAAGUCUCAGCGCCAUGCCAUUUUCACGAUGUUUUUCGGAGUUGCAUGAUGUUCGCAUGACGUUCAGUUUGCAGUGGAGUCGACUGAGAGUGGACUGAGAACCAAACCUGGCCCAUUCCCUCACUGUUUUCAAAAUGGUGAUUGUAAAUGCGGAAAUUAUGAGCGUAAACAAGGUGAUUGAAAGAACAAUUUUAUAAUAUUACAUGCUGAUUUAACAAAUGUGAAACCAAGAUCCACAGGCUAAAGCUUCCACUCGUCCAUGAGAACGACUAACUUAAAAUUCUACUCGUUUUUUAGCUAAUGUUACUCGUUUUAGACGAGUGAACGACCGUUAGUUUCGAGCACUGCCAGUCAGUAUUUAUCCUAGAUCUAUGCCUGCCCCAAACCCUCUUCGUGUAUCGCAGACUGUAAGUAUACAUGUAAACUUGCAUUUACUCACAACAUGGUCUGUCAAGUGUUUGUGCCACAAACUUGUAAAUAAAUAUGUUCAUAUGUACAUGGUUUUUUAAAUCUGUAAUAUUGACCCUAUAAUACCUGUAUGAGAAUAAAGGGCAUUAAAGCAGUUCUCGGGAUAAACGAAUCUCUAAUAACCCUAACAGAUUAUGUGCUUGCAUUUUGUUUCAGAUCUUAGCUUAUUUCACAAUUUGUUUAUGGAUUCUGCCAUUUGCUUUCUUUGUUUCCUUAUCUGCAAGUGAGAAUGUACUACCUACAUCAUCAUCAGCAACUGAGGACACAAAAGGUACUAAACUGUCAUCAGGGAGGUUAUGAAAACAGAAAAAAAGUUUAAAAAAAGGGAAAUAAUGAAUACAACGUAUGUGAAAAUUAAGUUAUAUAGGAUUAUGUAUGCCACUUGCAUAUCUUCCAAAAUGCAACUUAUUUGCCCCCCAAAAUUUUGCAUAACCAUUGUUUUCAAUUUCUCUUGGGAUGGCUGUAGUACCCAGGAGAAAUGAAAAACAAAGAUCAUGCAAAAUUUUGGGGGGCAAAUAAGUUGCAUUAUGGGAGAUGUGCAAGUGCGCAUAGAAACUACAGGGUGAAGAGUUUAAAUGAAAAAACAUCAUCGUGCAGUUAUAGAUGCAGUUCCCGAUAGAAAGCCUGAAAAAAUUCAGGCUUUUAUAGAAUUUGAAUCCUGAACUCUGCGAUACUGGUGCAGCACUCUACAAUUUUUUGAGUUAACAAGCCAGCUGGGAGCAAGUCGUUGAGUAGGUUUGUUAUAAAGCCAUGAAAGGAUGCCGAUGAAAUUAUGAAUGUAUGAAAAUUAUAUAUGGGAACUGCUGGGUGAAGAAUUCAUUGAAAAAAGAUUAUCAAUUAUAGACCCAAUUGUUGCAGUUGAGAAAAGAAUGCUUGAAAAAAAACAGGCUCGUGUGAGUUUUGAACCCUUGACCUCUGUGAUACCGGUGCAAUGCUCUUCCAAUUGAACUAACAAGCCAACUGAGAGCAAGUCCACCCAAAAAGUAAUUUUCCUAAGAAGUUAUAUUCACAUUUUUUCCAAUGCGAUUGCUCUAACCUUACAGCUUUUGCACUAGCACGGAAACAUACAGAUAAGGUUUCUGUUCACACAGAACGGUGGUUUCGGGGCAAUUUCUGUAACAGAGCAACGCUGCACCGUGCCGAUCUCUAAGGUGGAGAGUCACAUAUCGAAUAGGUGUUCGUGACUACAUGUAUAGCGGUUUGCUGUUCAUGUCAGCAUGAAAAGUUGUCCAGUAUAGUGUGAACAUAGUCAAAGACUUUGCACUGCUUUGAAAAAAAAAUAGUUGAUAUCAGGUACCAUAAAAUUCCGAAAAUAAGCCCUGGGGCUUAUAUUUUUCAAAGGCCCUUUUUGAGGGGCUUAUUUUUGGAGGGGCUUAUAUUGGGAGGGAAAUUUGUGUCUCAAAAUCGAAUGGGCUAGCCUUCUAGUUGGAAGUAAAUUUACCGUUUUUGCUUUGUUUUACUUUGUAUUUGAGGGCAAUUUUCUAAUUACAAGCCCCCCGGGGGCUUAUAUUUGGAGAGGCUUAUACAUGGAGGGGCUUAUUUUCGGAAUUUUACGGUAUUAGUAUAGGUAAUAGCAUGAUUUGUAGUGAUAUUUGGCAUAAAUAUCACGAGUGAUAUUUCAAAAUUGUUAUACGUAAUUUCACGAGCCGCUAGGCGAGUGAAAUUUGCGACAAUUUUGAAAUAUCGCAAGAGGUAUUUAUGCCAAAUAUCACGUACAAAUCAUGGUAUUAUUUCUUUAUACUACUACCCAUAAAACGCUUGUAAUUUUCACAUGUAGGUAUUUCAAAUUAAGCUGAAAUACUACUACUCUAAGCCAAUCAAAUUGCAGAAAUUUCUCAUGUAGUAGUAUAAUUAUAUAAACGCCAAUGAAAUACCAAGUAAGCUUUCGCGCGAAAACUUGAUAUCUUCACAUGUGAAAAUAACAUGUUAUCUUCACAUGUGAAAAUAAUUAUCAUCAUUGUUAUGGCUUCAUAAUAAACCGAACCUUUCAGACCAAAAAACUAUUUAAGUAAAAUGGUUUGGCAUUUCAAUGGUGUUUAUAUAAUAAAUAGAACAUUACAUGGUCGCUUGGAGAUACGAAAUUUCUCUUCUCGUGUUUCAACACUUGAAGAGAAAUUUCGUAUCUCCGCGCGGCCAUGUAAUAUCCUCUAUUUAGCGGUAGGUAAAAUGGUCACCACAUAGGGACUCAAAAAACUGAUGUAUUGAGUUGAGUGGUAGCUACUUGUUGGAGAAAAUCCACUUCAAAUAUCUAGUGACAGAAACAUCAUUUUUUGAGAUCUUAAUUUACAAUGAGGAGUAAAUGUAUCAGACCACUUUCAUACUCAUUUUCUUUCUCUUCGAUUUAUAGAACCAGAUUAUGCAUAUCCUGGCCAGAGAUCCAGUCGCAGACAGGGAAUCCUAGCACUGUUUAACUUCCUGUCCAGGAAAACGGAAGGGUAUCUGCCAACAAGAACAAAAACAUAUUAGGUUCCUCACCAAUAUGUUGAGGUUUUUUAAAAAAGUAUAAUAUUAUUGUUAUCAGCAUCUGUAAAUUAUAGUUGAAUCCUAAUACCUUGACCUGUCCAAGAAACAGGAAAUUUACGGUACUUUAGCCUGUUUAGCUGAUGGGAUUAGUGGGCCAGUAUUUUAGAUUUUUAGAGGCAGAGUUGCAAGAAGACUGGGAGAAAGUUAACCCUUUAAGUCCCAAUAGUGAAUUUCUCCUAAUGAUAUCCAUACAUUGUCAUGAGAUUAGGUUAUGAAAAUUUAUAAUAAAAUGAUCACCCAAGAGAAAAUACUUUGAUCUUUUAUCAAAUUCUCUUAACUAAUUCUUAAAGGAAAUGUAUAGAGAUCAGUUUGGAGAAUUUGUAUGUGGAUAUUGGGGCCUAAAAGGUUAACCCCUCACUCCUUCUCAUCUCCCUUCUUGACGACUCUGGUACUAAGAAAGUAGGAUCAAUUUAGAUUUCUGGGAAAGUGCCCACCUACCCCUCCCCUAAGCUAACACUAACACUUACUUCUCACUUAGGGCAAAAUGAUGGCUUAGGAGAGGGGUAGGUGGGCAGUUUCCCAGAAAUUUAAAUUGAUUCAGAAAGUACCCCAGGCAUAACAAUACCAACAGCUAUGUAGGCUAAAGGUAACUUUUG